GUUUCGGGUUGGACGCUUGAGCCGGUUAUAUCGGUUAUAUGGCCUUGCUUGAGCCUGACAGCUACGCGCCCUAAUCCACGAAGAAGAAGGAGAGUUGUUUCGGCCACAGUGGGUUUCGGCCAAGCUGCUGCGCGCCCUUUACUCUUCAACAACAACAACAGAGUUGUUCCGAAUCAGAUUCAAGUCCAGAGGGAGAGUUAAAAAAUAUACAAUGAAGGAGCUGCAAGUCCAAAAUGAGAAUGCUUUGCCAGCUAGUAGUAAGGAAGGGAAGAUGACUAAGAGUUCUAGGAGAACUCCUUUGUCUAACAAAACCAACAAACUGGCACAAAAUGAUGCCAGUAGCACACUUUUGCUGAAACCCAGAAAACACCAUGGGCUCCGGGUGUUUGAGGAGACGGCCGCUGAGGAGCGCGCCGCUCCUGCCGCCCGGCCGGUCACCCGCUGCACCGUGAGCACUCAGACCGAUCCCGAUGAGCCGCCGCGAGGCCAGGAGUCGGCCGUCGACCGGCUGGUGGCCGAUAUGUGCGCCGCUGCCGAGGAGCCCAGUGGGGAGUACUGGCGGCAGCUGGCCGAGAGCCGGCAGCAGGCGCUGGAGGAGGCCCUCCAGGAGAACCAGCAGCUGCACGAGCAGCUGGACACCGCCCGAGAGGAGAUCCGGCUCAUGCGCGAGGCGCUCGAACAGGCCGAGGGAGUCGUGGCCGCUGUUCAGGAGUGGUCAGACGAACAGGAGCAGGCGCAGUGAACGGGACCGCUGAGGGGUUCCUCGUUCACCUCAUCUCUGCGUUAUCUCAUCACGUCAACCAGCCCAGGAAGUGAAGGUGUGUCGCAGCUUCGUGUAUCGGUUGUGCCUGGUCUACACUGUCGUGAAGGAGAGUAGUGUGGAUCGUGCUCAUUUUUUCUGCGGGCCGUCCGUCUUAUGCCUUGACUUACUAGUGCUGAUAGUACAAAAGGAAAAAAUGCAUUUCACUUGUACCUAGGUUGUCACAUAAGUGUCCAUAUUUCAAUAAACAACAUUGUAUUUUA